UUACGUUUCUUCGGUUAAAAGUCGAUCACAAUUAUGUGCUUCUGCAGCAAACGUCAAAGUUGAAACAAUCCUUAAUAAGAAUUUUUACUUUUCGAAGAAAAAGUGAUAUUUUGAAGAUCAUAUUAUUUUAAAAAAAAUUCUAUUACUGUAUUCCUCACAGUGACGCUGUGAGAUUGUUGUUGCAAUUAUUCACAGCAUUGUUACCGUUCUAAUACGUUCAUGCAAUGUUAGUUGGCUCUCUAUCCCGCGAAGCAUUACAUUAUUUUUUUAGUGGCCACUUCAAUGUUGUGAUUAUUUUCACAUCUGAUUAAUUGUAUCGUGGUCGAGUAAGGCGAGGUACGUGGUCGCAUCAUGUUUUGGGCAAAUAAUUACGUGUCAUCCCCUAAUAUCGAGGCUCUUCUUAACAAAGAGGAUGUUACAUUGCAUGAAUUGAUGGAUGAAGAGGACAUACUACAAGAAUGUAAAAGCCAAAAUAAGAAACUUAUAGAUUAUCUUAUAAGAUCUGAUGUAAUGGAAGAGCUAAUAACAAUUACAACUAGAGAACCAUCAACAGAUAUAGAAGAACGAUGGCGUUAUAAAUAUCCAAAUGUAGCUUGUGAGCUACUAACGUGUGAUGUUCCAGUCUUAAACGAAAAAUUAGCAGGCAACGAAGCAUUGUUGGCAAAACUUUAUUCUUUUAUUGAUACAGACCAACCAUUAAAUCCUCUUUUGGCAUCAUUUUUUAGCAAAACUAUUGGAGUACUUAUUGGUCACAAAACUGUUCAGAACUGGUAUUCGUAUCAGUUCACUUGUUUGCAGCUUUUAGAGUUUUUGAAAAGUCGUCAAACAUGUGUCGAUCUGCUUUUGCAACAUUUAGAGACAUCUGCAAUUAUGGACUUAGUACUGAAGCUUGUUAGUCAGGUUGAAGGAAAUAUGCGGCAAAAUAUAUUAAAUUGGUUGGAUAGUCAACAAUUAGUGCAAAGAGUGGUAAAAUUAUUGUCCCCAAACUCUGAACCAAGUAAACAUGCAAAUGCUGCACAAUUACUUUGUGAUAUGAUCACUGCUGCAAGAGAAUAUCAACGUACAUCUACAGCACGUACUGGUCCGGAUCCUAUUUUAAAUACUCUUGAGUCAGCAGAUACAGUAAGCCUGUUACUAGAGACUAUUUUAACUGGAGAAAAACUAGAAAGUAGUAUUCUUGGUGGAAUUCAGGUACUUCUUACACUUUUACCAAAAGCUAACAAUGGAAGAAAUGAGGAUAGUGUUCAAGGAAAUGGUAUUGAAGAUGAGAUUACGGACAGUGAAGAACGUAUAAAAAUAUCAAAUGCAACUUUGCCUUACCUAGAACAGCUUCAUAAACUUCUACUCGAUCCACCUUAUAAACCUCCUGUUAAGACAACUACAGGUGUGUUAGAAUGUCCAGUUGGUAUUACGCGUUUACAUGUUGCAAAGUUAUUUACAACAUUAAUGGCAACUGAAAAUGUGAAGGUUUAUGAAGCCUUAGUAGAAUUAGGAACAUUCCAAACGUUACUUGAUUUAUUUUUUAAAUAUAUGUGGAACAAUUUUCUACAUACUCAAGUACAAUUUUGCUUGGCUUUAGCUAUUAAUUGUGAUUUUAAAGAUACAAAUGACAUUAUUUAUGUUAAUAUAUUUAACAAGUGUAGAUUGAUAGAUCGAAUUUUGGAAGCAUGGGACAAAAAUGACAGUAAACAAAAUAAAGAAAUUGAAAAUAAGCAUGGAUACAUGGGUCAUUUAAUAAACAUUGCAAAUAAUAUUGUUAAUCAACGUGAAAAAAAUGAAAAUUUAGAUAAAUUCUUAAAGGAUAAUUUGUUACCUGAGUGUCUUAAUAAAUGGGAUAAUUUUGUGAAUGUUGAAUUGACAAAAAUUAAUAACACACAUCAAAUUCUUUUGGGUGGAAAACCUCAAGCGUCCAUGACAAGCUCCAGUGAAAAUCCAGAUGAAUAUAGUUCUUAUCCCCAAGAAGAAUUUCUUCAGGUUCAACGAGUCGAACAGUUUUACACCAAUUAUCUGGGACAACAUAUGACAUCACAAUUUCCUGAAAAUUUUGGAUUCCACGAUGACCAAUUUAAUGAUGGCGAUGACGCUCUUCAUAAUUCAGUUGAUCAAUUAACAACGAUGAGCUUUACUAUCAGCGAAGAAGAUCUAGACAAAAGGGAAGAUAUGUUCAAUAAGAUAUGUCAGCAAAAGCAAAAAGCCGAUCUAGAGGAUUGUAACACAGUAGUCGAAUGGGGCGAUGAAGGAGAACUCACUUUUCAGACAGUUGUAGAUAAACGUGACUGGCCAACAAAGCAGCAACAUAAUGAUUCUAAUUCAUCCGAUGAAGACGAUGAAGAUACACGAGACAUGCAUAUGGAAAUUGAUUCUACGGAGUCUUGGGGUUCAACGGAACCAUUACCUACCAAUACUACACUUCCUGAGGUGAAUCCAUGGGACGUUGUACCAUCAGAACCAGUUGAAUCUACUGGUUGGGCAAAUUUUGACAACUUUGAAAACACUGUUAACAUGGAGAAUGCUGUGAUAAUAGAUAAUAAAUUGUGUGAUGAUGGUAAAAAGGAAACGUCGAAUAUAACAGUUGAGAAUAAAAUGGAUACUGCAUUGGGAAGCAAAGCAACUCUAGAAGCUAUUGGAGCAGGUGACAUGAAAAUUGGAGAUUCAGUUGAUAGUACCGCUUCAUAUAUAGAAACAAAUAUAAAUCAUCAAAGUACAGAGAGUAAUUUGUAUUCUGGUUGUACUGCUGAUAAAAAUGCAAAUCCAAGUGAAAUUGUAGAUAGCAGAGAAAUCAAGUGUGAAGGGAACAUAAAGAAUACGGAAGCUGCGACUACUACGGUACAAAAUGAAAAGUCUUCAAGCGAUUAUAAAAUCCCAUGUAACUUAAAAAAUGUAUCAUCGGAAGCUGUAUUAUCAUCAACAGAUACCAAAUGAAAAAUUAUUUGUUGAGUAUGGUAUUGCAAUAGAUCAACAAAAAGUCAUAUCAAGUAUAAAUUUGUACGAAUGAUCAGAAUAUAUAUUACGUCCCUAUAUUUUCAUUAGAUCACAUUAAUUGUGCUUCAUUGCGUUGGCGCCUGGGUAACAACUCAUAGCAGGGUAUAAGUAUGGAUUGAAAAGUAAAAGACUAACCGACGCUCAACUAUAAAUAGUUUAUUACUUGAUGUAUAUGUCUAUGUUCUCGGAUCGCCAAAGUUUCAAUUAUAAAUACAACUUCGUGAAAUACAAUUUUCCAGAUUUUCUUAA